ACGAACAACAGGCUUUCAUGUGUUCUAAUGGAUACAGCUUUAAGAUUACCUCACAGUGGCACAGUACAUCCUUCUGGUUUUGUCUAGCAAGUACAUAUUUACAGUUUGGGCUGAUAACCCGCAAGUCAUCAUAUUAUCCUUCUACAAUCUUCCAGUGCAUUAUCUGAAACCAAUCUCCAAUUUGAUGACAUACGUGUGACCUGUAUACUGUGAAAACCACGUACUUAAAUACAGCGAAAAGAAUGAUAGAGGCUAAGUAAGAUAAAGUAUGGUUCGAAUUUACAAGCAACCGUAGGACGGACAUAGCCUGAUCCUGGCUUUUCGGCCUUUAGUCGCAGGCGGUUCUGCUCUACUGUUGAUGUAGCGGACAUCCUCAACAGCUGAUCCAGUUUAUGAAGCGCAUACAGGCAUCAUGUUCUUGAAGAGAUCUGGAAUAAGAAGACAGUCUCUGGUGGUUAUUGGUGCUGUGUUUAUCGUCUGUGGUGCAGCGCUUGCUGUCGGACUGUAUUUUGGCCUUCGAUCUGACGAUGAAACACCAGCAGCACCAUUAAACCCACCAGACCCAACAAGGCCUCUUCCACCUUCAGAUUCUGAACUGGGGAUUUACUGGAAUGCAGCGGUGACUACAAAUGGGUACCCUUGUGCAAUAAUAGGCAGGAAUAUUCUGAUGAGGAAUGGCUCCGCAGUUGAAGCAGCCAUAGCUGCUUUGUUCUGUGAAGGCGUUGUUUGUGUUCAAAGCAUGGGACUUGGUGGGGGCUUCCUGAUGACUAUCUACAAACGAGACACUGGAAAUGUUCAGACCUUGAAUGCUCGAGAAGUUGCCCCCAAAGCUGCUAAUAAGACCAUGUUUAAUGGGAAUUCCACACUUUCAACAGUUGGAGGACUGGCUGUAGGAGUUCCAGGAGAAUUAAUGGGAUAUUGGGAAGCAUACAAAGAAUACAAAAGUGGUAAUGUGGAGUGGAGGGAACUAGUGCAACCAACUAUUGACUUAUGCAGAGAGGGUAUAACAGUUACUGCGUACCUAGCAAGGCUGCUGAAGGAGAAGGAGGAAGAUAUAAAGCAGAGUCCUACUUUACGUGAAGUUCUGAUUAAUAGUGAAACAAACAAUGUCUGGAAAGAAGGAGAUACAUAUAAACGCUUGAAACUGGCUGAAACGCUGGAGUUGAUUAGAGACUCUGGUGCUUCAGUACUGUACAAUGGUACACUGACAGAAGCUUUUGUUAAAGACAUACAGGAUUUGGGUGGCAUUAUCACUGAGGAAGACAUGAAUGAGUAUCAGGUUAGCUGGGCUGCUCCUGUAACUGUUAAUAUGAUUAACAAUAUUACAAUGUACACUGUGCCACCUCCAGGUUCUGGAGUUCUUCUUGCACUAAUGCUCAAUAUUUUAAAUGGCUUUGUUCCUCAUGAGUAUGAGGUCACAACAUAUCAGAGGAUUACCGAGGCUUUCAAAUACGGCUUUGGAAAACGAACUCAACUAGGAGAUCCAGAUUUUGUUGAUAUUAAUGAGCUAGUGAAGCAAUUAACGUCUAAAGAUUAUGCAGAAGCUGUCCGAAAGAACAUUAGUGAUUAUGUAACGUGGCAAGACCCUAAGCAUUAUGGGGCAGACGUAGUAAUGCCUGAGGAUCAUGGUACAGCACACAUUUCAGUCUUGGCACCUAAUGGUGAUGCUGUAUCUGUCACGAGCACUGUCAAUCUGUAUUUUGGAGCAAUGGUGCGAUCAGUCAGUACAGGAAUCAUCCUUAAUGAUGAAAUGGAUGACUUCUCAGCACCCAAUAUCACCAAUUAUUAUGAUGUUCCACCUUCACCAAACAACUAUAUUGAGCCAAAGAAACGUCCAUUAUCUUCAAUGGUCCCAUCCAUCUGUGUUGAUGGCAGUGGAGAUGUGCAACUUGUAACUGGUGCAGCGGGUGGAACAAAAAUAACAACUGCCACUGCUUUGGUGGCAAUGCAGGUUCUGUGGUUUAAUAAUAAUAUAAAGGAAGCAAUUGAUGCACCGAGGGUUCAUCAUCAACUCUUUCCUAUGCAUUUGCAGUAUGAAUAUGGAUUGCUUCAGCAAAUUGUACAAGGACUACAAGAAAUUGGUCAUGAAACAGAAAGGCUACAUUUUUUUUCAGCAGUUACAGGAAUUACAAGGAAAGGUGGAAAAGUUUAUGCCAGUACAGAUUUUCGACGGGGAGGAAUAACUGCAGGAUUCUGAACAAGGAUCUCACACUGUCAUGUUUUAGGGUUCUUCUGCAUAACCCUAUUAUUGAACUGCUUGCAUCUGCCCAUUUGUUUGUUCCUUGAUUCACCUGCAGGUAUCAAUAUUAAGUCUUCUGACUUAUAAAAUUGGAUCAAUUAGUGCAACAGUUUUACACUGGAGACCUCUUCAUCUGCAUGUUUUAAUUUCCUGUCAUAAACAGUUCCACCUUGGUAGCCAUAGGAACUUGCGAGACAGGAACGUGACUAAAUCGCCAUUAGACAAGGGGUCUUGAAGCUUAGAAUUAGAAUAGAUCUGUAAAAACUGUGCGUCUCUUUUUAGGAACCUAGAAAAUAAAAUGGUGACCACUCAAAAUGAUGGUAAUUGAUGCAAUUUAAUGUAUUAAUUCUGUAUCAUGCUCUGUUAGUAGUAUGACUGGUAACAGGUAAUCUAAAAUGUAAUCCUUCAGAAACCUAAAAGUGUGCCACACAAAGGGUGUCCAUACAUGCUAUGAUUUACUGGAAGGGUUGGCUUCCUAGAUGAAGUUGAAGGGAAAGCUUCAAUCCUCAGAGACCAUACAGACUUUUUCACAAUUCUGUGCUCAGUCUUCUGCUGUUCAGUUGAUGCUACAACACAUCAAAUGAUUUUAAUCAGUGUCACUGUUACUUCAAUGUGGAGAGUAAGACAAAAUAUUUAAAAGCGUCAAAAGUUGAUCUGCUUUUAUGUCAUACAAACAAGGCAGAGAAUUUGGAGAGAAAUUGAUGAGGCCAGGUUCUCAUGUCAGCCAUUUUACCCAUGAUGGUAGUCUAACAAGGAAUGAAAUCUGAUAAUUAAUCAUCCACUGUUUUAUUUCAUUAGUCAAACUAUGUCUCUAUUGUAUUUAUGAAGUCAGUUUUAUGGAAAAUCUUUGCAUGGUACACUUGUGAGACACUGUUUUUCCACAAAAAUCUUCCCUUCAAAUUGUGAUCCAAAAAUCUAAUCAUGUGUCCCAUCACUAUUUAUUUUCUAGCUGUUAUUUACUUUCUGUAGACCUGUAUUUUCAUUUACCAUUAAAAAAAAUAAUGACUUACAUUACAAAAAACAA